UGGAAGUUAAAAAAAAAAUCACUUCCGCGUAUGAACCUCGAGGGGCGGGACUUUAGUCAGUGCCACUUUGGAUUGGUGCAUCGACUGCUUCUUCUCAUUGGGUGUUUCUACAAUCGCGUCAUCAGAACCCUAAACUCUUGCAGUGUGUGUGAGGGGGACAAUGCCGGAGCGGCACCAUAAGACGAGAAACCAGACCUAUCCUGAGCCUGAAAGAAGAGACCGGGAUAGGGACAGGGACAGGGACAGAGACAGAGACAGAGACUACAGGAGAGGCAGAGGAAAUGAGCCAUACAGGGAGGACAGGAGCACAGUUUAUCAAUAUGAAGACAGAACUAGGAGCUACAGAGAAGCUGAUCAGGAAUUAUCUGAAUGCCAUGAGUCAACAAACGAAGAGGCACUUUACAACUUAAAGUAUAUUCCCACAUCCAGAGGCCUUUGCCAGGUCGGUCAGUUUUUUGUGAAUAUGUUGAUUGUGAUCUGCGCCGGCGUUCCGUACAGCAACAAGAGUCGAUACCAGGAUCUGGCCAGCCUGGGUGGUCUGUACUACUACUAUUACGGCGGUGCGCAGGCAUUUUCUACGCAGGAGGCAGCAAAAGUAAAUGAGCUCGAUGAUCUGUUCUACAAGCUUAAACUCCCUCCAUAUAUUUUUAGCAUGGCCUGUGGUGGAGCUCUGAUGGUUUACGCUUUAAUCAUGUUGGCCCUCGGUGUGUUCCGUGUUCCAUAUCACUACCCCAUCGUGCUGCUGCCCGAGGCUGUGCUGGAUGCACUGAUAAGCCUGGGGUAUAUUCCUGCCGUGGCCUUUUACUUUAUCAAAAUACAGGAGACCUACAACAACCCCACCUGCAAACAGAGAGAGGAGAUGUACACCAGCAAAGGCCUGAAGGGUUUUGAGUGCAAUCUAAGCGGGACGGACAUCGCAGGUGGGUUCUUUGGCAUCUUGGGCGUCUUCGUGUUCAUGCUAGGUGCCUUGCUCGCCGUGAAAGCAUUCAGAGACGUCAGACGGAUGAAGCAGCAGAGGGAGGCAGAAGAUAAUCACUUAUAGACUUCUAAACACUACCACUGUAAUUAUUGGUGCCUCCAGUCUGGCCACAAGUGGGAAUUACCGGAUCAUGUUAUCUGGGAACAUUUGUUACUGUAUUAACUGUGCAUGACUUGUUUAAAACACUUCUUUAAUGUGAAUUUUAGUUUCUGACCCCAAAUAGACAUGAAUACAAUUUAUACUGUCAAACCUUUUUUUAUUUAAAACAUUUUUUUUUAGGAUUUUUAAGGCGUUACACUUUAUAUACCUUUUGUAAUAAAUAUUAACGUGAAUUAUUUCUUUGUGUUUUGUUUACAAUCAACAAAAUCUUACUUGCUGUACCAAUCCCCAAAUCUAAAUCUGGCAAAACCGGUUUGUCACCAUUUGCACACCUUCCUCAGUGUUUAUGAAAAGUGCCUGACAUAUUAUUCUUGGUCUAAUGUGGGGUUUUUAUAUUUAUUAAUAAUGAUUUUUCUAUAUCUGAUUCUGAAAAACUUCCCAAGGGGUCACAUACCAUUGUGGAAUUGGAACGAGAAUUGAAAGAACUGAGUUUAGUUUAAACAAAUAUUUGAAUAUUUUAAUGUGUAACCUACAUACCUACAUAUAAUGUUUUUGAAAGUUUUUUUUCUGAUAACAGGCUCACAGUGAGGACAAAAUGUAGGGAAUAUAAACUACAGCUACUGUGGAUUUCUCUGAUUAACCUGAAAGAGUAUAUUUCCUGUAAAAAGCUUUAGAUACACAUUCAGUGCAAAUGUACUUCUGUUAAGAGUCAUUUACUUGCUGAUUCUAUUACUGACUUUACUUACUUACCUGUUGAUUUAGGCAGACAUUGCCACUAAGAAAGUCCUCAAAAUGGGAAUCACACACUGUAAAAUCCCAACGUCAGACCUUAAACCAAUAAUACACUCGUACAUCUUGAAAAAGUGGAAUGGAACCAGUGGACUGAUGAAAAGUUACAAAUUAAAUUUUGACUAAAAAUAAAGGGCAAUUCCUCACGUUUCAUUCUGUAUUUAGACACGACCAGAUCAUAUACACAAGAUGCCAUAUUAUACAUACUUUCCUGCUAAAAGGAGAAGAACCCCCAACAUGUGCACACUGCAAAACAUGACCAUCAAACAUGUAUUCCUGGACUACAAUCUUCUUAAUAACACCAGACAGAUUUAUUACUCAGAAAGCACAUAUAUGUAUGUUUUCUAAAAUGUAUCUAAAUGUAUUUUUGCCACAGUCAAAACUCUGUAAGCCUCUGCUGCCAUAAUGUCCCAUUUUACCUGCCUUGAUCCCGCCAACAAAAUAGCCAUUGAUUCAUGAAUGGCAUUAAAAGAAUAAACAAACAAAACCUAUUUA